UGCAGCAACCCUUGGCGUGCACGCGCCCCCUCCCUCCCCCUCCUCCCUCCCCGCUCGCUAGCUGCUCGUGCACACGGACCUUCAGCCAGCUCGUGCAUCUUCGGCUCAUUCGCGGGGGGAAAAAGGGGGCCGAGUAAGCAGGUGACUUGUGGAUGUUUUAACCCGAAAGUCCGACCAAGAAGAAGACGGAUUUUGCUCCUCGUUGCUCUUUUUUUUUCUUCUUCUUCUUCUUCCACGCAUGAACAUUUGAAGACGCCAAGGAUCAUGGAAGUAAGCGCGGACCAGCCCCGCUGGAUGAGCCCCCACCCCGCGGUGCUGAACGAGCAGCAUCCCGGCUCGCAUCACUCGGGCCUCGGCCACCCGUACAUGGACCCCUCGCAGUACCCGCUGGCUGACGAUGUGGAUGUACUCUUUAAUAUCGACGGCCAGGGGAACCACGUCUCCCCGUACUACGGCAACUCCGUGCGGGCCGUGCAGCGGUACCCUCCCCCUCCACACAGUAGCCAGGUGUGCCGGCCCUCCCUGCUGCACGGCUCCCUGCCCUGGCUGGAGGGCAGCAAAGGCAUCGGCCCCCACCACAGCACGUCCCCGUGGAACCUGAGCCCCUUCCCCAAGAACCCCCUGCACCACGGCUCCCCGGCCGGCCUGUCCGUGUACCCCCCGGCCUCGUCGUCGUCCAACGGACACUCCAGCCCGCACCUCUUCACCUUCCCCCCCACUCCUCCCAAGGACGUGUCCCCGGAUCCGGGCAUCUCCACGCCGGGCCCCGGCGGCUCCGGGCGGCAGGAGGACAAGGAGUGCAUCAAGUACCAGGUGACCCUGGCCGAGAGCAUGAAGCUGGAGUCCGCUCACAGCAGGAGCGUGGCGGCCAUGGGGCCGGGCUCGUCCUCGGCCCACCACCCCAUCGCCACAUACCCACCCUAUGUCCCCGAAUACGGGCCAGGCCUCUUCCCACCAAGUAGCCUGAUAGGUGGGUCCUCUUCUAGUUAUGGUUCCAAAACAAGACCAAAAACAAGGUCCUGUUCAGAGGGCAGGGAGUGCGUGAACUGCGGGGCCACGUCGACCCCGCUGUGGCGGCGGGACGGUACGGGUCACUAUCUGUGUAACGCCUGCGGACUGUACCACAAGAUGAACGGCCAGAACCGGCCCCUCAUCAAGCCCAAACGGCGGCUGUCGGCAGCCCGCCGCGCCGGAACGUCGUGCGCCAACUGCCAGACGACAACCACCACGCUGUGGAGGCGGAACGCUAACGGGGACCCCGUGUGCAACGCCUGCGGCCUCUACUUCAAGCUGCACAAUAUCAACCGACCUCUGACCAUGAAGAAGGAAGGCAUCCAGACCCGCAACAGGAAGAUGUCCAGCAAGUCCAAGAAGUCCAAAAAGUCCCAGGACACCAUGGACGACUUCUCCAAGAGUCUGAUGGACAAGAGCAGCUCUUUCAGCCCCGCCGCCCUUUCCCGCCACAUGUCCUCCUUCCCGCCCUUCUCGCACUCCGGCCACAUGCUGACCACGCCCACCCCCAUGCACCCUUCCUCCAGCCUGCCCUUCGCCCCCCACCACCCCUCCAGUAUGGUCACGGCCAUGGGCUAGAGGCGACCCGGAGCCGGGGCUCCUCUGCUGACCCGCCCCCUGAAGCCCCACCCCUCUUUGACUGACAGGUCGUCAUCUUCAGUUGAUCUUAUUUUUAUAAAAUCACUUUGGAGGGAGGGGGCGCACUGACCCAACGGGACGGAGGGCCGGGACGUUUGAUUCUUCCCCCCCUCCCUCGAGAUAAGGAACUCCAUUUGUGUACAAAAAGCCAUCAGAAGGUCACCAAAAACUGACUUGGACCAAGUCCCCCUGCCGCCCCUUCCCGUUGCCCCCGCCCCCCCAGUCUUGCACCUGUGUAACAGGACACGCUCUUGAGCGAGCACGUUUGUACAAAUUGUAUCAAAUACAUUUAACGAAUGAAGACUUGAUCGGAAAAGGAGGGCAGCUGUCCGUCAGAAGGUACGAGGCGCCGGGCGAGGGAGGGAUGGAGGGAGGGAGGGGGCGCACGCCGCCAUCUUGGAUUCAAUGUAAUGCUAACGUUAACGCCGGCGUGUCUCUUAUCUCGCCUUUGUUUUUAUUUUUGGAUGUGCUUUAAGUCUCGGCCUGUUGGUUUGUGUUGACACGCACGCACACACACACAUGCACACGCACAUGCACACGCACGCACACACACAUGUAAGACUUUCUUCCCGCCCACAGAUUAUAUGCAUUGUGAAAAAAAGUUCCUGUAUUUGUUAUUUGUAUGUAAAAAUCAGAGUACCAAAAAUACAAAGAAACAAAGAUGUAGAAUUAUUUCUUUAUGUUAUGCAGACUGAAUGGUUGUAAAAAUUUAAUAAUAAUAAUCACUCGUGUAAAAUA